ACUGAAAGAACAUAGUAAAAAACAAACACCAUGAUUUAAUUUUCAAAAAAAUUUCACUCGUUAAAAUAUGAAAAUAAAAUUAGCUAUCUUUGUUUCUCUAAAUUUCAUUGUUAAUUCUUCUAAAUUUUAAGUAAAUACUAAAUUUGGCUUAUUUAAAUAAAUUACUUCUAUUUUUAAAGUUAAUAAAAAUAUAAAAACAAGGUACAAUGGCAUCUGAACUCAAUAUGAAUCGUUUAAAUUUACCAAACAUGGUUGAUCGACAGCUAAAAGAGGUCACUUUGCCCGUUGAAACAUACUUUAGUCCCAACAUUUUAACGGGAAAGCGCAAAGUUCUUGAGGACAGACCGAUUAAAGCCGAGAUUAGCACAUCCUUCAAUAGCAUUGUAGCAUCUGUACAUAAUAAACUAAGAAAUCGGAAAGUUCGAAGACUUGAGAAACCUGCAAUCAUAGAAGAAAAAUCAACCAACGAGACGCCGGCAGAAGCUUCACCACAAAAACCUUCAAACAUUAAAUCAGAUAUGGUAGAAACUAAAGCAGAUCCAAAGGUCAAUAGUACGAAACCAACUAUACCAUUUAAAGCGACUUCCAUACCACAAAUCAAAGCGGCUCGCGCACAAAAGCAACAACAACGCAUGCGUCGUGCCGUACAUAAUUAUCAGGAUUACAAUGAUCCUGCAAGUCAUAGGCGACUGCUCGAAGUGCAAAAACAGAAAAGAAUUCUCGAAGAAAUGCUUUUGGAAAACGAACGAAUGGAUCGUGAUCGUCAAGCUAUGGCCUUAGAGAUACAAGCGCUGCGGGAGUAUAUGAAUGAUUUAGGACAUAAAUUGGAUAGCUACUCUAAAAGGUUAUCGACGAAACCGAUCCCACGCUGUGAACAUUUGUUGAAACCCAAACUGAAUCUAAAGCCACAGCCGUGGAAUAGUUUGAGUUCCAGGAAAAUACUUAGUCCGAUAAGAAAAGCGCCUGCGCCUCAAUCAAUAUUGAAAACAACGAAUUCUACACCGAAAUCAACAAAUCAAAGUAUCAACACAGCGAGUAGCCCCGUGCGACAUAAUCGUAGUCCGAUACGUAACUCGCCUAGCCCAGGUCGAAAUACAAAGCGUUGAAAAACUACUGAGUACCCACAUGCAAAUGUAUGUAUGUAUGAUGGACCAAGUUGUUAUACAGAGAACUCUGCUGAAAUUCCGAAUGCAGUGCGCCCGCAAAUGUAGGCUAUGGCAUCUAGUGGCUGAUUUAAUUGUCGGUGUACCAUUGACAACAAUUCAAAAUAAUAAAAAAAUAGUAAAACACUAAAACGCUUGUUCUUUGCCAUGUAAAGACAUACACUUUUUGUUCUUCACGGUUACACUAGCCAGAAGUCAUUGCUUAUACUCAUA